GCCUGCCAGUUCCCCUGGGGCAGCCCUGCCAGCCCAGCCCAGGCUGGCCCAGCUUAGCCACACAUGCACCAUGAAGUACCCUUUGAUGCCGCUGGUGAAUGACCUCACAUUUUCUUUCCUGGUUUUCUGGUUCUGCCUCCCUGUGAGUUUGCUGUUGUUCUUAUUGAUCGUCUGGCUACGCUUCUUACUUAGCCAAGAUUCAGAGGAAAAUGACUCCAGUGUAUGCUUGGAUUGGGAGCCCUGGAGCAAAGGCCCAGCCGAGUUUUGCUGGAAGGGGACACUCCACGGCCAAGAGAAGGAGAGGCCCUGCUGUUUGGUUUUCCUGGAGUCAGCAGGGCACUGGCAAUGGCAGAAGUGGAUGGGAGAGACUUGCCAGGGAGGCAAGAGGACUUUGGCAACUAUGGUGCCUCCCUAGAACCCCCAACUCAUGUCCUCUUCAGACCGACAUGUGAAAGCCUCCAGAGGACCCAGCCCUUCUCCAGCAUCGCAGAUGACCUCCAGCCCUGCAGGGAGCCGCUCAAGUCUAGGAGGGCAUGGGAGCAGUGAGCAGGCCCAUGGGGAGAAAUUGGCCAAUUUAAUUCAGAGGGGUCUUAAAGCAGGGCUGGGCCGGAGGGUGUGGGUCCAUAUUAAAGAAGCGAGGGUCUUCCCAUGCCCGGGGGACCCCUGA